AUGAUCAACACACUAUGGAAAUCACCCGCUGAGCUUGAUCACCAACUUCCCGGUCGUCGUAAGAGCCAUGAUUCCGUUAUGAGCAGACUUGGCGGAAAAAAUGUCGUCGUCUUUUGCUCUGCUCGUGUGUGGCGCGGCGCACCCAAGCUCAUUCUUCAGAUCGCCGCCAUAUUCUUUACCAGCUUCCUUAUUUUUGGGGUACUACCAGAUCGUCUAUCAGGGGGACGACUCGGAAUUGGUCAUGUCGGAAUAUUCCCCUGGGGAAAGCCUCUAGCGGAGCCUGAGUCAAAUCUGAGGAUCGUGGUGUUUGGUUCACCUGAUAUUGUGGGCAACGUUCGAGAUCCUUCUUCUAAACGCAAAACAUGGACAGAAGAACUAUGUGUUGAGUUGAACUGCACGUCGUAUCUAUCCUUCAUCCCAGAAAACCAGCGAAAAAGGGGUCUUAUCAGCAAUGACCUCUACGACACAGAAAUCGAGGCUCUUGUCAACAUUACCGACCAAACAAAUGUGACGGAAAGACCGGCUUUGGAUUUUGACUACAUCACUCAGCAGUACCCAACACCAUCCGAAGUCCCCGAUCUCCCCAGCCAAGUCAAGAGCUUCCUCGCAAUGCCGCCACCCGAGAAGCCUCCGCGUGAAACACUCUGGAUCUUCAGUUUUGGCACGUGGGAGAUCUGGAACAUGGCUGCGAUGCCACGAACUGACUCAGAGGAUACCAUCACUUCGAUGGUCAGACUAAUCCUUGAUCAGGCUGAAGUAUUGUACGAGAGAUCACUAGAUCCAUCCUCUAUUGCCUACUCCGACUUUUGGACCAACGCGACCGAGUCUCAGAUUAGAGAGCUGACGGCACCCGGCGCCCUGGACAAGAUCGACAAGCGCAAACUUGAGAGCUUCCGGAUUUUAGUGCCUAUGUUAUUCGAUAUUUCACUCACGCCUGGAUGGCAAGGACGAACGAAGCCACCAGCACCCAACAGCGUGGUGGAGCAGACUCGAAACGCGGCGGAACUGACAAAGUACUGGAAUCAGGAGAUCGAUUUUGCGAUUGCUGAGUGGAAAGAAAGAACGACGACAAAGCCCAAGAUGCCUGUGUCAGACAAGACCGAGGCUUCGGACAAGAGCAAGAGAACCGAGACCGACGAGCCCAUUGAACACGGCGAAGAUACAAAAGAGUCACCGGCCGAAGCGGCGGCGGACGAGGUCGAACGUGUCAUUCAGGCUCCAUACCCCAUGCGUAACGGGCUGGGGAUUGACAUCGGCAAGGUAGUUCUCGACGCCAUGACCGAAGGUGCAAUGCAGGAUGCGGCAGUGGUAGACUUGCGCGGACGAGGGACUCUGGAUAGGAACAACUCGAUGCGGUUCGUAGAUGUCUGGACGCCAUGUGUCAAGGGCGAGACAGCCGAUCUCGCCGUCAAUGAGGAUGAUAUCACCUCGGAAUGCGAAGUCGAAGACGACCACCUGUUCUAUGACUCGUUUACAGUCAGCGAGAGGGCUAUGAAGGGCGUCGUCAAAGAGAUCCUGAAAGAAAUUAAGGAAGAGCUGUUCAGUCCCAAAGAAAGACGAGGUUGGCUAUACAGUGGAUGGUAG